AAGAACGUUUUGUGGAAACGUGUCGUUCAGUACAAACCGUUCCGCAACGUAGCAAACGUUCAAGCGAACUGAACGCACAGGUCUAGUGUACCGCGGUCCCGCGCACCGUGUAGACAGCCAGCUCGAGCCUACCGGAACGGUGUAACGUUCUGAACGGUAAAGAUGGCAGAACGACAGCAGAAACAUGAAGGCGGCCGAGUGAAGAUCGGACAUUACCUCCUAGGAGACACUCUGGGCGUCGGCACCUUCGGCAAAGUAAAGAUUGGAGAGCACCAGUUGACAGGUCAUAAGGUGGCAGUGAAGAUCCUGAACAGACAGAAGAUCAGGAGUCUGGAUGUGGUGGGCAAGAUCAAACGAGAGAUACAGAACCUCAAACUCUUCAGACACCCUCACAUCAUCAAACUGUACCAGGUGAUCAGUACUCCUACAGAUUUCUUCAUGGUGAUGGAGUAUGUCUCAGGAGGAGAGCUGUUUGACUACAUCUGCAAACACGGACGGGUAGAAGACAAAGAGGCUCGCCGGUUGUUCCAGCAGAUUAUCUCCGGUGUAGACUACUGCCACAGACACAUGGUGGUGCACAGAGACCUCAAACCUGAGAAUGUACUGCUGGACCAUUCCAAGAACGCCAAAAUAGCUGACUUCGGGUUGUCAAACAUGAUGUCAGACGGGGAGUUCCUGAGGACCAGCUGUGGAUCUCCCAACUACGCGGCUCCUGAAGUCAUCUCCGGAAGGUUAUACGCUGGUCCUGAGGUGGACAUAUGGAGCAGUGGGGUGAUCCUGUAUGCGUUGCUGUGUGGGACUCUGCCCUUUGAUGACGAACACGUUCCCACGCUGUUUAAGAAGAUCAGAGGGGGUGUCUUCUAUAUGCCAGAAUACCUCACUCGCCCCGUCGCUUCCCUGCUGCUGCUCAUGCUGCAGGUCGACCCGCUCAAGAGGGCUACCAUUAAAGACAUUAGGGAACAUGAGUGGUUUAAGCAGGACCUGCCAGGCUACCUGUUUCCUGAGGACCCUUCCUAUGACUCCACCAUACUGGAUGAGGAGGCAGUCCGAGAGGUGUGUGACAAGUUUGAGAGCACCGAGUCUGAGGUGAUGUCCAGCCUGUACAGCGGAGACCCUCAGGACCAGCUAGCAGUAGCGUACCAUCUGAUCAUAGACAACCGGCGCAUCAUGACCCAGGCCAGUGAGUUCUACCUGGCUUCCAGCCCUCCCCAGGGCUCCUUCAUGGAGGAUGGCAUGUCACUGCCCCCCGGGGUCAAACCACACCCAGAGAGGAUGCCCCCCCUGCUGGUAGACAGCCCCAAGGCGCGCUGCCCGCUGGAUGCCCUGAACACCACCAGAGCCAAACCCCUGGCAGUGAAGAAAGCCAAGUGGCAUCUGGGCAUCAGGAGUCAGAGCAGACCCUAUGACAUCAUGGCUGAGGUCUACAGGGCUAUGAGACAGCUACAGUAUGACUGGAAGGUGGUGAACCCGUACCACCUGCGUGUUCGGAGGAAGAACCCAGUAACAGGCAACCUGGUGAAGAUGUGUCUCCAGCUGUACCAAGUAGACAACAGAUCCUACCUGCUGGACUUCAAAAGCAUUGACGAUGACAUCAUGGACGCAGUAGGGUUUAAGUCGGGCUCUUCCACCCCCCAGAGGUCAGGCUCCACUGCAGGGCUCCACAGACCCAGACUCAGUGUGGACUCAGCCUGUCCUGCCGUGGAUCUCCCCAAGCUCAGCUCCUCUCUGCCUGGGUCGCUGUGCUCCAGCGCUGCCCUCCUCACCUCCACCCCCACCCCGCGCCAGGGCAGCCACACUAUGGACUUCUUUGAGAUGUGUGCCAGUCUCAUCACCACGCUGGCCCGCUAGAGAGGGUAAACCCCCGCUGGGUAACUAGGGGCCUGGAGUUUUUCCUGGUCAAUGUCAUAUAGUCCGGAAAACUCCAGGUCCCGCCUGCAUAACCAUCUGAAACAGAACACUGCCCUGAGCCUAUUUAGACAGUUUUAUAUUGGUGUGAUCCUGACCUAAUUUUGCAGAACACUGACUACUGCAGGGCAGACAUGCCUCUAACCACAGAUCUAGGGUCAGUUGUUCCCUCCUGGUGUUGUAGGUUUGGGCUAGGCAAGAUAAACUGAUCGUAGAUCUCUGAUUAGGCUUCCUGUCUGUCUAGAGCAGGGAUGGGCAACUUUGAUGGGGGUAGGGGCCACAAAAAAUCAGAACUCAUCAUUAGGGGGUGCGGUGGCUCGCGUGACUGCUUACCCACAUCCAUACACACACAUGCAGUCAGCGUUUUGGAGGCCCUAAGCAAGAUUUGGCGAUUUAUAAACAUUUUAGUUUAGUCUUGACAGCGGAAGGAAUUGAUCUGCGGGCCUACAAAAGUGGCCAUGCGACCCGCGGGCCACCAGUUGCCCAUCCCUGGUCUAGAGCCAGUCUGCCAGAGCCAGUCUGGCCGUGGGAAAGGUUAGAGGUCUCACUUGUUGGGGCAAAGUUGUGUUAAGUCAAAUCUACUGUAGCUCUCAUAUGGCGCGUUCACGUGCUAGUCGAAACUAGGAAACUGACAUUUCUAACUGGUUGCAGUUAUGCACGUGCAGCGUUCAACCAGUUAGCAUGUCGGACAUUUCUGAGUUUCCUAGUUCUGACUAGCAUGUAAAUGCGGCAAUAAUGUUUGUUUACAGAUAAACGACGCCUCCCUGACUACUCUCAACCUCCAAUCAGCUCCAGAAUAGCCGUCACUGUAGAACAAACACACUGAGCAUUUUAUAUAUGGUUUUAUAUGGUUUUUGUAACGACACAGAUUUUGUUAUCCAUAUUUAUCAUAUAUAUUUAUAUUACUAUCACUUUGAGUAGUGUAGUAGCUGUUGAUUGUAACAUACCAGAAAUGAAGUUAAAGAGAGGAUUGUUAUUAUUAUUUAGAUAUCAUAUUCUUAUUUAUUUUAAAGAGGUUGUUUUAUAGGCUCUGUGUGGUACUGAAUAUUGAGUAUUGAAGCACUGCUGAUGUUUGAGAAUUAUAUACGGACUUAAGAGAUUUUAGGUGAUGAGAGGUUGUAGAGAGAGAGGGAGAGUGGAGGCUAACUGACUGGCAAUAUUGUUCUGUGGAUUAGUUAGUAUUGAUGCUAACUGACGGAGGAGGAGGGAGGGAAGUGUAUCUGUAGUGAACCUUUCUCCAGGUGCCUUAACGCGUUGUUUCUAGCUUGGUGGCUGUUUUGUUUGCAGAAACGGAAUGGCAAGCAGACUGUUCUGUAUGUGUGUAGAGGAGAGGACUGACAGGAGCUUGCCAGGGAUUGGUCAGGAGAAGACAUACAGUACUGUAGUUUCUGUGCCAAUGAGAUUAGAGUUCUGACUAAUAUAACUAAAGAUACAGGAGGAAAGGGAAUAGAUAUGACAGAACACUGGAACAAAUCUCCCUUUACCAAUUGUCAAAUGGUUUACAGUAUAUAGUCUUCCGGACUCCUGUCUGUGUCUCUUGUUCUGCUGGAGCCAGUGAGGGCUGGGCUCUUGCUGAUCUGAUGCAUGCUAGUGUGUGUGUGUGUUUCUCUGGUCUGUUCUGGUACCAUGAUGGUGGUCUGUUUGGUUUGUUAUUAAAUGUAGAAUCAUUUGUAUCUCUCUCUCUUUCCUUCCCUCCCUCUGGAGUUAUUGGUUUGUUGUGUAUAUUUGCAGUAGUGUGUGUUGCGCCGAGAGAAUUGUAGACCUCUGUUGGGCCAGUUAAAGAAGACACUAAACCUCUCUUUCCUUCUGUUUCCUUGUCAUUUGUCCUGUGCAGCAGUUCUGUUUUCACAUCUCUAUUCUGAGAGAGUAGUCUGUUUUUCUGAAUAUUUGGGGGGAUUCUACAAGGUGUCAAACAUUCCACAGGGAUGUUGGUCCAUGCUAAUGCGAUGGCGCCAUGCAGUUUCUGCAGAUUGGAUGCAGUACAUUCAUGCUGCGAACAUCCAUCUCAUCCCAAAGAUGCUCUAUUGGGUUGAGGUCUGGGGACUGCGCUGGCCACUCAAGUCAACUGAACUCGCUGACAAGUUCCAGGGGAUGUUUUUCCACUCCUCGGUUGUUCAGUGUUGGUUAUCGCGUACCCACCUGAGCCACUUCUUGUUUUUAGCUGAUAGGAAUGGAACCCGGUGUUGUGUUCUGCUGCAAUAGCCCAUCCGUGACAAGGAUCGACGAGUUUGUUUUCUGACCCACCUGUUGGCUUGCACGAUUGUUGCCAUUCUCCUUGGACCUCUCAUCAACGAGUUGUUUUCACCCACAGGGCUGCUGCUGUCUGGAUGUUGUUUGUUUGUCGCACCAUCCUCUGUAAACCUUAGACACUGUUGUGCGUGAAAAGCCCAGGAGGGCGGUCGUUUCUGAGAUAAAGUCACUUAAGUCACUUGUUUUGCCUAUUCUAACGUUCAAUUGAACAGUAACUGAAUGCCUGUUUUUAUAUGACAAGCCACAGCCAUGUGACUCCGUGUCUGUAGGAGCGAUCAAUUUUUGUGAACUGGGUGGUGUACCAGAUAAACUGGCAUAUCCCAUAGUUGCGAUAUACAUACAUACUGAGGGUACAAACAUUAUGAACACCUGCUCAUUCCAUGACACACUGACCAGGUGAAAGCUAUAAUCCCUUAUUGAUGUAAUUUGUUGAAUCCACUUCAGUCCGUGUAGAUCAGUGGUCACCAACCAUUUCUGUAGGUCACCAAACAUUUCAGUAGAAAAGCCAGGCCUGAUUUUGUGUGUGUUGUGCUGUUGGUGGUAGGUGCACUUGAUUCAAGCGGACCGGGAGAUCUGUUGCUAAAUCGAGUGCGCCUACUGUGCUGACAAUCGAAUAGCUCAAAUGACCGUACAGAGCCUCCCCGGCCACAGUAAAAACGUUUGAUACUAGCCUCGGUAAGAUUGAAUAACUUUUAAAACCACGACCACAGAGGGACUGUAAAAGAAUACAGCAAAGCGCUGCAGUUUUUAUGAGUGUGUUGGUUUUCAUUCAGCACUGUCAACCCUGCUUUUAUUGAACACUAUUACAAAACAUAAAACGCUCUUCUCCCUUUUUCCACUCGCGCUGCAAUUAGUAGCCAAGUGUAUCGAUAGUCCUGCGUUUUAUUAUUAUUAGCGUCGUGUCUAUUUUAAUAUCGAGGAAUAUUUCACUUUCUCUGGUCAUAGGAACCGCAUGAAUUUGUGCAUGAGGCAGAUGCGGCUCGAGUUUCACCAUCAGGUGGAAGACGGUGUCUCUUUGGUCUGUCUCACCGAGAGCAGUGACCGUGAAAGGCGGACCCGCUGCGGCUCUCUUCCUCCCUCCACUGAGAAUAAUGCUCUGUUCAAGACAACUACUCUGGAAAAUCGAGAUCCGACUAGGGAAAAUGUUUUUGAACGGUCAUCCAACUCGGAAUUCCUAGUCGGAAACUCGCAUCUUUCUAGAGCUCCGACCUCAAGAUCACCGACGUCACGAUUUGACCUCGUUUUUCCCCCCUCGAGUUCACAGUUGUCUUGAAAGCACCAUGGACAUCAGAUGCAAGUGCUGUACCAUAUAAUUUAUGAUCAGCUGUGCCUUGCAAGUGCUGCAAAACUGAUAUGUUAUCAAAGGUCAAGUUUUGAAAUAUAAUAUGGUCUGAGAAGAACAAUAUUGGCAGACCAGGCAUAUAGCCAAUAUGCUGCGAUAAUGUAUUAGGCCUACUGCACAAACCCCAUUCCUAUAGAGCUGUUUUUAUUAUUAUUAUUUUUUUUAAAGUAAUGUAAUAAUAAUAUUUGAGCAGUAGAUCUUGGCUUGCUUUUAGUUUGCGAAAGCGAUCUUGACUCAAAGGUUGGUGACCACUGGUGUAGAUGAAGGGGAGGAGACAGGUUAAAGAAGGAUUUUGAAGCCUUGAGACAAUAGAGACAUGGAUUCUGUAUGUAUGCAAUUCAGAGGGUGAAUGGGCAAGAAAAAAGAUUUAAGUGCCUUUGAACGGGGUAUGGUAGUAGGUGCCAGGCGUGUCGGUUUGUGUCAAGAACUGCAA